AUGAGUAAAGACAUCGAGUAUCCUUGUGCUGGGUGGAAGGAGGAAGGCCUUCUGACAAUUGCCAUCGACAUCGGCGGAUCUCUAGCGAAACUUGUGUUCGCGCCGCCCGAGUCCAACAAAUUGAUCUUCGAGACGGUGGAGACGGAAAAGCUGGACGAAUUCAUCCGUUUGCUGCACGAGGUGGUGGAACGGUACAACAAGGGCGACUAUGGAUCAACAAUGAUUGUGGCGACGGGCGGCGGGGCGUUCAAAUUCUACGACGUGCUGCUGUCGGAAUUUCCGGGCGUGUCAGAUAUCCUCCGGCUGGACGAGAUGGACUGCCUGACGAAGGGGUUGGACUUCUUCAUCCACAAGGUGCCCUACGAGGUGUUCACAUACAACGACCUGGACGGCGAAGGCACGGUGGAUGCGGUGGCGGAUGAUGAGAUGUACCCGUACAUGCUAGUGAACAUAGGAUCCGGGGUCUCGAUUCUGAAGGUGGAGUCGCCCAACGAGUGCAUGCGUGUGGGCGGCUCGUCAUUGGGCGGCGGCACGUUGUGGGGACUACUGUCGCUAAUUACUGGGGCGAAGACGUACGACGAGAUGCUGGCCUGGGCAAACCAGGGCAAUAACGCGAACGUGGACAUGUUGGUAGGCGACAUAUACGGCACCGACUAUGCGAAGAUCGGCCUGAAAUCCAGUAAUAUUGCAUCGUCGUUCGGGAAGGUCUUCCAACGGGAGAGCGUCACCGCGCCCUCGGCGGGCCUGACUUCGGCGUCUGCGACCUCGACGUGUGAGAUCCGAGAUCGAAAUGAGAAAUUCAGCAACGCGGAUAUUUCCAAGUCCCUCUUGUACGCAAUCUCCAACAACAUCGGCCAGAUUGCGUACCUGCAGGCCAAGAUCCACAACGUCAAAAAGAUAUACUUUGGCGGGUCUUAUAUUCGCGGCCAUUUGACCACCAUGAACACAUUGAGCUACGCCAUAAACUUCUGGUCGAAAGGUAGUAAGCAAGCCUUCUUCCUGAGGCAUGAAGGCUAUCUGGGCGCCAUGGGCGCAUUUCUUGCAGCACAGAAAAAGUAG